ACAAAACCAAAAGCACCUUUUUAUCGAAGUAUUACUACAGAAAAUAUUGAUAAGAUUGUAAAUAGUAGGAUUCAGGCAUUACAGCAAUCAAUGCUAAAUCAAUCACCAGCAUCUUCUUCUGGUCAGAAAAAUAUUACUAAGGCUGAUUUACAAGUUGUAGCUAAAUUCUUGCAAAAGACUAUGUUUCGAGCGACUAAAACUCUAGAUAAUAGUAAAAAAUCGGCUGAUAAGAGAGUGGAAAAUAUUGCCAUGAUAUUUCAGAUAGUUUAG